GCCACGCCCCUACCCUUUUCCCCCUUCUCCCCCCUCGGAAGGGGGGCGUGGAGGCUACCAGGAUCAGCCAGGGGACAGCAUGAACCGGAGGGAGGGAAGUCUGGAAGACCCCCAGGCUGAUUCCUCCAUUUCACCCCUUCCCCACUUGGAGGCCAAGAUCCAACAGACACACAGCCUUGCCCGCCUCCUCACCAAAUAUGCUGAGCAGCUGCUCCAGGAAUAUGUGCAGCACCAGGGAGACCCCUUCGGGCUGCCGGGCUUCUCGCCCCCGCGGCUGCCGGUGGCCGAUCUGAGCGCCCCGGGCCCGGGCCACGAGGGCUUGCCGGUGCCUGAGCGCCUGCGGCUGGACGCGGCGGCGCUGGCCGCGCUGCCGCCGCUGCUGGACGUGGUGCGCCGCCGCCAGGCCGAGCUGAACCCGCGCGCGCCGCGCCUGCUGCAGCGCCUGGAGGACGCGACGCGCCAGGCCCGGGCCUUGGGCGCCGCCGUGGAGGCCGUGCUGGCCGCGUUGGGCGCCGAGACGCCCGAGCCCCGGACCGAGCCCGCCACCGCCGCCAUCGCCGCCGCCACUGCCACCGCGGGCGUCUUCGCGGCCAAGGUGCUGGGGCUCCGCGUGUGCGGCCUCUACCGCGAGUGGGUGAGCCGCACCGAGGCCGACCUGGGCCAGCUGGCGCCCGAGGGCCCGGCCUGAGCCCUGGACGCGGGCCGAAGCCCGCGGUCCCCUCCUCCUUGGCCUUAUCCAUCUCUCGGUCUCUGCAUCUCCGUCAGUGUCUGGGUUCUCGCACUGUCUCCAUCUUUCUAUGUGCUCUGUCCGCUCGUGAUCUUUUUCUCUCUGUGACUUCCUGUGCCUGUCAUUUCCGUGCUUUCUUCGUCUUUUACUCCAUCGCUGGGCCCUGCCUCCCUGGGCAUUUCUUUGUCUCCCCGUCUCUCUCUGGUCUCCUCUUCGCCCCGUGUGAGCACGUGUACAUGUCCACCUCACCUCAAGAAGGAGACACCUAUACUCUGUUCCUCUCUGUCCUUCUCUCUGUCCUUUUCUGGCCAGGGACAUGCCUGCUGGCCCUGUGGUGGGAGGGCUAUUCCAAACAGAUUUCAGCCACCUCCCCCCCCCCCCCCCCCGUGGUCACGCCACCUGCUGCUCUCCCCCUCCCCCCUCCCCUCCCCUGCGGCCCUGCCCCCUCCCCUUUUGAUGGCCUUCCCUUUCCUUCCCCUCCCUCUGCCCUAUCCCUGCACCUUCCCUUCCCCACAGGUCAGGUCUAUGGAGAGAAAAAAAUCAAGCCCUUAAAAAGAGAUUUAUUUCUGAGAAUAAAUUAAUUUUUUUGUAAAUAAAAUGUUUAAAAAUAAAAAGACUACUACAUUACAAAAAUAUAUAGUUGUUGAAAAUGGGGAGACACUUUCAAGGAGAAUAAGGUUUGGGGUACAGCCUGGUCACACACACACACACACAUACCCGUCAUCCGCCAAAGCCACAGUAUAAAUAGGAGAUUCCUGAAAGCCCCAGGCCAGGAUGCCAUCUGGCAGCCCUGAACAGGAAGUGGAUGUGCCCUGAGCAGGAGACAGAUGUGACACAUGAGUCCUUAGUUUUUCAAGAAUUGAUGUCCACUGACUAGGAAGUGAAGCCUUCUAAGACGGGAAAUUGGGGAGUUCCCAUCGUGGCUCAGCAAGUUAAGAAUCCAACUAGUAUCCAUGAGGAUGAGGGUUCCAUCCCU